GGGUCGCAGCGCGCGGGGCGCUCCCCUUUGAGAGAGGGGAGAAGGGGGGCCCCCGCCGACGCCCCCAGGCCGGCACACCUGGCUCCCCCGGCGCGUCUUCCACGCGCGCGUUUCCGGAGCGCUCCAGCCCGUCGAGCCGACCGGAGCCGAGGCCAGCAUGGCCACCCUAGAUAUGUGGAUCGGGGCGCUGCUAACGCUGCUGCUCACGCUGCCCCUGCUGAGCCGCACUGUCAACUUCUAUUACAAGAUCGGAUCCUAUUGCCUGAUAUGCUUGGUGGCCUCCACGGUGGCCUCCGUGGUCUGCUUCCUGGUCAAUAGGGGUCGCACCGUGCGCAACAUGAGUAUCGUCACGAGAUUUGUCCGAGUUUUUAAGUACUUUUAUGGCCUUCGGUUGGAGGCGCACGGUGUGGAGAAGCUGCGUGAUGACAAGCCAUGUGUCAUCAUCUCUAACCACCAGAGCAUCCUGGAUAUGAUAGGUAUGAUGGAGAUCCUCCCGAAAAACUGCAUCCAGAUUGCCAAGCGAGAGCUGGUUUUCGCAGGCCCUGUGGGCCUAAUCAUGUACCUUGGAGGUGUUAUCUUCAUCAACAGAAAGCAGACAAGCACAGCCAUGUCAGUGAUGGGGGAAGUGGGCGACAUCUUGGUUAAGGAGAAUCUAAAAGUGUGGAUUUAUCCUGAGGGCACACGAAAUGGAAGUUAUAACAUAUUGCCAUUCAAGAAGGGUGCCUUUUAUGUGGCUGUCCAGGCCCAGGUGCCAAUCAUUCCUGUGGUAUAUUCGUCAUUCUCUUCCUUUUACCAACCAAAGAAGAAAAUCUUCACAUCAGGGAAGAUCAAAAUAGAAGUCCUGGAUCCAAUUAAGACGGAAGGCUUGACGGUGGAAGACAUCCCACAGUUGAUAAAGACCUGCCAUUCUGCCAUGAAAGAGGCAUUUUUCAGGAUAUCUGACAAGCUGAAUGAAAAUGGGACCAAUGAGCUAGCCCUACAGCCUGAGCAGUAGCCCCAAGGCACCAUCCCCUGCCCCUCUGCCCAGGGUAGGAGAGGACGCUCAGAGGGACCUCCCCUUCCCCUUGCUGAAUGUCUGGGGUGCCUCACCUCGGCUUUCACAUGGCACCCUGUCUGGAGGCUCUCUUCUCUUCUUAUUAUCUUCCUUCGACCAUUCCUUCCCUUGACAGCCAUGGAUGUUGUUUCUGCCCCUCUGUGACUCCUCCCUACACACUGGGUCCUGAGACAUCCCUUCCUUUAUCCUACACUGAACAGUGAAGUCUUGUGCUGUGAGUGACCCUUCCUGGGAGGACUGGAUGCUGUCUCUCUGGAGCCCGAGGUCUUACCCAGGCAGAUGAAUGGCUUUUGGGGAGAAUGGGGCCACUCUUUUGGGGGGCUGUAUGGACUGACUCAUUGGCACUGAAGUUAACAUCAUACCCGUAUCAUCCUUUCUCUGCCCACCAGCAUCCAGCUCAGGUAUGGGAACGCCUCAGCACAGCAGGUUUGAAAAUGCCCAACCUUCUCCUCCCUAGUUCCAUGAGCCCUCCUAUCUCUUAUGGCUCAAGUUCUGGCACUUGGAGGAGCUAUGGAAGUCCCCCCUAGAUGGACAGGCAGCCCGUGCUGCCGACAAAGGCCAAGACCCCUUUUGGUGAUGCCUGAGCUCUCCCAGAGACCUAAAAUUAGAGGUGGCACAGUCAGGCCCCUGAAUUCCUUGGCACAUUGACACAGAAGCACUUGGGAGGGUGGUAGUGAAGAAAGCUCUGUUGGGUGUUAGGACUCAAGAGGUCAGAAUGCUCUCUGCUCCCUCUUAGGCUGUGGUCAAGGAGAGAAGUGAGAGAUGGACUGAGCCCUCCAUGACCCAAGAGAGCCAGGCCUGCCUUCAGACCACUGGCCUGGUUGUUAGAGAUACGAGGCCUUGGAGAGUAGCUGGAGCAAGGAAAAGUUGCCCCUAGCCAGUGGGGUCCUUGGUGGGGCAGGAUUCAUUGGACAGCUUGGUCUUCUUCCCAAGCUAACUGUAGUCAGCCGGACAUGGGGAAUAAACUUGCAAGAGUGCAUUGAUUUUCUCUUGUCCUAAGUCUGAAUGCCAUCUGAUGGCAGAGAUAGCUAGUUUGGCACCCCACAAGGGACAAAGUCCAAACCUUUGAGAGGGCUUCCAGGCAUCUGUAGUGGUUUCCCCAUCAGACCACCCAGGUGAAUGCUCAGGAGCUUGCGGUGGGGGGAGAGGCCCUCAGACCAAAUGUCCCCCCUCAAUAUAGGGUUGCCAGGCAGCCUUUCAGGCUGAGGUUCUCUGGGGCUGCUUCGAUUUCACAGAGGUCCUCGUCCAGAGUUCAAAGUCCCUCCUCUUUAUCAGUGUUUACAGAGAAGAAAAGAAGAAUGGGAGCAAACCGGUGAUCUGGGGGAGAGAAAGUUGGAGCAUCCCGUGCCACGCCAUGUAGCCUAGAGUUUACAUCGAAUAGCACUUUUACUGAGGGGGGAGGGCAAAGCCAGAGGGAUUUGAGAGGGAAUCCUGGCUUCUCUGCAGCUUUGGGAGAGCAGCAAAUGAAGUAUGUGGCUGCUGCUGGGCUUGGGUUGGAAAAGGGCUUCUGCCAAUCAGGUCUAGUUUUGUGGAAAAUGUAUAUUUGAUCUAAAUUGCACAGUUUUUGUUUUUCAUAAAGCAAUUAUUUGAAAAGCU